GUACUAACAAACCACUCUAAUACCGAGCUGCAACCUUUCAACUUUUUUUUUUAAUGGUGACGUAUAUACUACGCGUCCAGUCUUAUUGUCGCCAUUACCUUCCGCCUGAAUAGCUGUCAGGACUAGGAGGGCACAAGUGUGGCUGUACGGAAAAUAGUAAUGGCUGGACUGUGCAGAAAAAUUGUGCAAAAGAAUACAUUUCAAUCAAAGAAUUGGUCUGAGCAUCCUGUCUUGUCAUUAACAUGGAGUUGUUGGAUCCGCAAUAAAUUCACAAAGUCACGGAUUCCAGAUGAAGUUCUUCAGCCUCAGCCUGGGGAUCAUGAAAAAUAUGGAGGAGAUUCUCAGCAACCACACAAGUUGCAUCUUGUCACUAGAAUAAGAUCUGGAGUUGGUCGGCCAUACUGGGAGAAGGAAACCCUGGAACAUCUUGGCUUGCAAAAGGCUCACAAGACAGUGGUACACAAGAAUAUUCCUGCAGUCAAUGCGAAGCUUAAAACAAUCAAACAUUUAGUCAGGGUUCAACCUCUGAAACUGCCACAUGGAAUACCUUCAGAAGAAGAUAUUUCUGAUACAUUUCUGAAGAGUUCGGGGGAGCUUGUGAUUCGUAAAAGACUGCAGCCAACUGAGACAAAAUUAGUUGAAUCAUAGUGUGAAACAUGUCCCUGGAUUUUGUUAAAUAAAGUGUUUUUGUACACCA